UUUGCACUCGAGACGCAGAGGCAGCGAACCACCACCCCGCCACCGCCGAUGUUGAGCUUCGACGCCUCACCGCUACUACUCUCCUUCACUCCCUCGCUGACCUCGAUCACACUCGUCCUCCUGAUCUCCUUCCUCACCCUCAAAUGCCUCCGCCUCCUCUUGUCCAGUCCCGACCUCCACCUCCCGCCUUCACCGUGGGGGCUCCCGAUCAUCGGGAACCUCCACCAGCUCGGCAAUUACCCUCACCGCGCGCUCCAAGCCCUGUCGAGAUGCUAUGGCCCCUUGAUGAUGCUCCACUUCGGGAGCGUGCCCGUCCUCGUCGUAUCAUCCGCCAACUGCGCACGUGACAUCAUGAAGACACACGACAUCAUUUUCUCCGACCGACCUAGGUCAACCCUAUCCGAGAGGCUUCUGUACCAUCGCAAGGAUGUGUCGCUGGCGCCGUACGGCGAGUACUGGAGGCAAAUGAGGAGUAUCUGCGUGCUCCAAUUGCUGAGCAACAAGAGGGUCCACUCAUUUCGGACGGUCCGAGAAGAGGAGAUCUCUCUGUUGAUGGACAAGAUCGAGCAGCGCCGCUUGGUGGACCUGAGCAGCGUGUUUGCUUCGCUGACGAACGACAUCAUAUGCCGGGUGGCUCUGGGGAGGAAGUACAGUGACGGCAUGCAGGGCGAGAAGUUCACGGGACUGUUGGCGGACAUGAUGGGGUUGCUGGGGGUUUUUAACGUUGGGGACUUCAUCCCGAGCCUUGGGUGGAUCAACAAGCUGACUGGCCUAGAAGCAAAAGUGAAGCUGGUCGCGAGGGGGUUCGACCAGUUCCUCGAUGAGGUGGUGGAGGAGCACCGUAGGAAGAUGGAAGAGAAGAGCAUCGGCAGCGGCAGAGGUGAAGAUCGGAGAGACUUUGUGGACGUUUUGCUGGAUAUUGAGAAGGAUAAGACCGCUGGUUUUGCUCUUGCUGCCGAUAGCAUCAAAGCACUCAUCUUGGACAUAUUUGCAGCUGGAACCGAUACAACGUACACAGUCCUAGAGUGGGCAAUGACUGAGCUCUUGAGACACCCUAGAGCCAUGAACAACCUUCAGACCGAGGUCCGCGAAAUCACGGGUGGCAAGCCAAUAGUAACUGAUGAGGACUUGGAGAGAAUGCAUUACCUACGAGCAUUCAUCAAAGAGACUCUCCGCCUGCACCCUCCGAUCCCGCUCCUCGUCCCGCGACUAUCAACCCAGGACGUCAAAAUCCAAGGCUACCACAUUGCGGCAGGGACCAUGGUGAUCACGAACGCGUGGACCAUCGGGAGGGACCCUGGCACGUGGGACCAGCCGGACGAGUUCAAGCCAGAGAGAUUCUUGAACAGCUUGGUGGACUUCAAGGGACAGGAUUUCGAGUUGAUCCCGUUCGGCGCCGGGAGGAGGGGUUGCCCUGGGAUGUCGUUCGCCAUGGCGACCAACGAACUUGUCUUGGCAAAUCUGGUGCACAAGUUCGAUUGGGCACUGCCCGAGGGUCAGAAACCGGAGGAUUUGGACAUGACCGAAUGCACUGGUCUUACCAUCCACAGGAAAGUCCAUCUCCGUGCUGUUGCCACUCAAUUGCCUAGUUAAGACCCAUUAUCAUUACCUUAAAUGUAUUGUUGUAAAAUUGAUCCGAGUGCUACAGAAUUCACCCCA